AUGUCCACUGCUGGUUAUGAUCUUGCUGAAGCACAUGUGCUGAGAGACCUCCACAAGAAGAAGAUGAAGAUGGAAGAAGAAGAAGAAAGAGGCAAGUUGGGCACAGCUAAAGGCGAAACGGUUCGCUCAAGUACUAGUUGUUUCUUCUGGAUGUACUUGAAGAAGAAAGUGCAUUCAAGAAACGCUCAGAGUCGGGGAACUUGUUCAGCUCAAACUUCAGAAGUUGAGAUUUUGGACCGUAAAGUUUGA